GUUGGUGUUCAUGGUUCUUUCCACUGUGCCCAGAUCCAGGUGAAACUGGCAAAUCCUGUUCGCCUCGGGCAGGCACACACAGUGAGGUGGUUUGAGCUGGGAACCCCGAUCCCGUGCCGUGGAGCAGGUCCACCUGCGCUGCACCGCGGGCUCCCUGGAGUGGAUGUACCCAGCACGAGCCCUGCGUGUGCUCCUGGAGCCCAACCUGGCCAGUGCCCAGCACACCACAGUCUGCAUCAAACCCGCCAGCGACUUCCAGGGCGCCAGCAUCUAUGUGGAACGUGCUGGGCAGCUGCACCUGGUGGUAAGCGAGGCAGAGGGGGCUCAGCCCCGCCACGUGUCCUGCUUCAGUGCCCACAGCCCACAACGAGUGGCCCUGUUCCUGCAGGCCAGCCCGCAGAGGGACAUCAGCCGCCGCACCGCCAGCUUCCAGUACGAGCUGCUGAGCAACCAGAGCACGGCUGGCCCCGACCUCAACAAGAUGGCUCUGGUUGAAGCUAUGUGCCGUCCUUGUGAUAACAUGGAACUCCUUAUGGCCAUUUGCAGCAGUGAUUUUGUGCUGAAAGGAUCCAUCCGAAGUGUCUCCCACGACCCAGAGAACCACAUGUCCCAGGUCGAUGUCAGAGUCCAGAAGGUCUACAGGCAGAAAAACCAGAUUUUCCAGCAGGAGCAAGGGAGUGGGGAGUGGCGGGGUCCCAUCCGAACCCUUCUUCAGUGCAAGGUGAAGAAGGGAGGGGGAGAUUUCCUCUUCACUGGGAAUGAACACUUUGGGGAAGCCUGGCUGGGCUGUGCUCCUCGGUUUAAGGAUUUCAUGUUGGUUUACCAGGCUGCCAGAGAAAGGGGAGCCAACCCCUGUGAGUUUGAGCUCAACUGACAUGGGAAACACUCUUGCUGAGAGUUGGAGAAUUUCAGUCCAAUCUUUGAAUACUGAAUCUGGAGCAGAGUUAAAACCAAGGACUAAAGUUAACAGUUCCACCCAAACUGGGACCUGGAGGAUUUCCUGAAGAUAAUGGCUCUGUGAGCCCUGUGAACUGGUUUAACUCACAUUAAUUUCUCUUUCAUCACAUUUUCUUUGCCUCACAAAAUAACUCUGGAUUUUGGAAAGACAGUCUUUUGGGGAAGGUUAGAAAGCAGCCUGUGCUCAGUACUAUAAAAGUCUCUCUAACAUCUCUUGCUCUGUGUAAAUAUUAUGUGCUUUUUCUCUAGAUAUUUUUCUCCUCUUUCUUUAAAGUCAAAUCUGAAAACUCUCUCUAACCUGGGAGGAAAAAACUAACUCUAAAGCAAAAAAAGCCCUUUCACCACCAAGAAUUACUUGAUUUUUAAAAUGGAAUGUAGAUGCUGUAAAAAGUACACACAUUCUGACAUUGAAAAACAUUAAGGAGUUUUAUAAAAGCACAAACAAAAUGCAACUAAGUUGCCUCCUUAAUGUUCUGUUGAACUAAUUUAGGAUCAAUAAUUGUUCAUGAUAUUUUCACCUAAAUUAUCUGCCUCUUCUCAAUUAGCUUUUAUUAUUUGAUUGGUGGUUCCUCCCACCCUCCUUUCGUGCUUUAGCCAGACUCACACAAUUGCCUGUAUUUAUGUAAAUGGAAUUGCUACACCGUAAAAUGAUAUACAAAUGUGUCUACCACACAGAACUCAAUAAAUGGUGUGAAUAAACCCAUUA